AGCAAUGACCUGCGUGUGAUGAGGGAAGAGACCAGACAACCUAGGGAACUCAGUCUCAUCUAUUUUGGUGUCUGCUAACAUUUGUGCUUACCCUAGGACUCUGGAGAAAAUAGAAGGUCAUAGGCAAGCAGAUAUGCUCUUUGGAAUUUUCCAAUUUGCUCUAUGGGACUGAGAUCACGGCAGUUUGGUUAGAUGGUCAGACUGCCCAUUUGGAGGUCUUAUCUCCCUGCUAUAACUAGAGAUUUGAGACCUGGGUAGUAUAGAGGAUUUUGCCUCCAUAUUGAAGCUGUUUUCUUGACUCCUGUCUCCAGGGCAGAGAUCAUGCAGUACAGAUAGCAGUUUCUUCUGGACCUUGCCUCUCUGCUGCCAUCUGAUGACAAAAGGAAUCACAACAUCAGAGCUAGAAGUCACCAACAGGGAUCUGGUGAAAGGUCUUCCUGCUUGGAGGAGACACAUUCACUGAAAUCAGAGGUGGAAGAUGGCUUUUAUGAUAAAAAUAAGGAGGAAGAAGUGAAUAACCCAUUCCAGGAAGCCAGCUCCCCAGAAGUCAAGGAAAGACUCAAUACUUUGUCUCACAUAGUUCUUAUCUUAUCACAAUGUCCUGAUUUCACAAGGAACAAGAGCUCAGAACUAAAUGUUGGGGAAUCAGUCUAGUGCUACUGAAUUUUAUCUCCUUGGCUUCCCUGGCUCCGAAGAACUACGUCACAUUUUGUUUGCUAUAUUCUUUUUCCUCUACUCAGUGACAUUAAUGGGAAAUACAGUCAUCAUUGUGAUUGUCUGUGUUGAUAAACGUCUGAAGUCCCCCAUGUAUUUCUUCCUUGGCCACCUCUGCCUUGAGAUCCUGGUGACAUCCAUUAUCGUCCCCGUGAUGCUCUGGGGGUUGCUGCUCCCUGGGAUGCAGACAAUAUCUCUGACUGCAUGUGUCACCCAGCUCUUCCUGUAUCUUUCUGUGGGGACCACGGAGUUUGUAUUACUGGGAGCGAUGGCUGUGGACCGUUAUGUGGCAGUCUGCAACCCUCUGAGGUACAACAUCAUUGUGAACAGCCGCACCUGCAACUUUGUGGUAAUUGUGUCGUGGGUCUUUGGGUUCCUUUUUCAAAUUUGGCCAGUUUAUGCCACAUUUCAUCUUUCCUUCUGCAAAUCAAAUGUGGUGAACAGUUUUUCCUGUGACCGAGGGCAAUUGCUCAAACUAUCCUGCAAUAACACUCUUUUCAUGGAGUUUAUCCUCUUCUUAAUGGCUGUUUUUGUUCUUUUUGGUUCUUUGAUCCCUACAAUUGUCUCCUACACCUACGUCAUCUCCACCAUCCUCAAGAUCCCCUCAGCCUCUGGCCGGAGGAAAGCCUUCUCUACAUGUGCCUCCCACUUCACUUGUGUUGUGAUCGGCUACGGCAGCUGCCUGUUCCUUUGUAUGAAACCCAAGCAAAUGCAGGCAGCUGAGUACAACAGGGCUGUUUCCUUGUUGCUUUCAGUAGUUACUCCUUUCCUCAACCCUUUCAUCUUCACCCUCCGAAAUGACAAAGUUAUAGAGGCCCUUCGGGAUGGAGGGAAAAGAUGCUGUCAACUAUUCAGGAGCUAGUUUUUCCCUAAGGCAUAUUACAUGGGAAAAUACUUACGGAUUCUAGAAUGACCUGAAAAGAAUUUACUCAUCUUCGAGCUACAUCAUAAGCAUCAUCAAAUAAUCUGUAUGCAAGAAAAUGUCUUAAGUUAUGGCCCUGGUUAUUAACAUGGUUGGUUGUUACUCAAAAAUUGAUUUUGUUAUUUUAAAGAUAUAUAUACAUAUAUAUACACAC